CGCGCCACGCAGGUUCUUGGCUCGUUCGGUGCCACCACCCGCCCCGCUGCGGGCGUUCGCUGCCAGUCUAUCUCCAGCCGGCCGCGCAGCCUUCCCAUGGCAUUCCCUUACCCCGCAAGCCAUAGAAUGGAAUAGAGACGCGGUUUGUUUCCGCCACAUUUAAAAGGGAGGACGCUACGCGCGCCUACGCCAUCCAGAACCCAAAUCCAGCAAGCAACUCGCUCUGCUUCUCCUCUCGUGCCCUGUUUUUCCCAUUCCCUCCCUGAUUCUGAUCGACAUGGUCCACCACCAUCGGGCGAGCCUGCUGGUGCCCCCGCAGCGCAAGGCCGAGGCGGCGGCAGAGGACCCGGAGGGCGGCGGCGGCCGGAUGAAGGAGCUCCGGGGCCGCCUGGCCGACUACGCCUGCCACCACCACCGGAAGCACGGCCACGACGCGCUGCUCCGCAUGCUCGCGGGCUUCGCGCUCGUCUCCUGCCUCCUGCUACUGCUCCCGGGCAGCCCCGUCUCCGGCGCCAUGGACGAGCUGCUGCAGCUCGGGACGACCACGCGGCCCGACCAGGAGCAGGGGGCGGCGGCGGCGCCCCCGCCCCCACCGUGCGCCGCCGCCGCCAACGGCACCGUCUGCUGCGACCGCUCCUCGCACCGCGCCGACGUAUGCGUCAUGCGCGGGGACGUCCGCACCCACGCCGCCUCCAACUCACUCUUCGUGCUCGCGCCGCCGAACGCGUCCGCCGCCGCCGCCGCCGCCGACGAGCGCAUCCGGCCGUACACGCGCAAGUGGGAGUCCAGCAUCAUGAGCACCAUCGACGAGCUCCGCCUCCGCUCCGCGCCCGAGGGGGGCGACGCCGCCGCGCCAGCCCGCUGCGACGUCCGCCACGACGUCCCCGCCGUCGUCUUCUCCACCGGCGGCUACACCGGCAACGUGUACCACGAGUUCAACGACGGCAUCAUCCCGCUCUACAUCACCGCGCGCCGCUACAACAAGAAGGUGGUCUUCGUCAUGCUCGAGUACCACGACUGGUGGAUGACCAAGUACGGCCACAUCGUGGAGCAGCUCUCCGACUACCCUCCCGUCGAUUUCGCCGGCGACCGCCGCACGCACUGCUUCCCGGAGGCCGUCGUCGGCCUGCGCAUCCACGGCGAGCUCGCCAUCGACGCCGCGCGGAUGCCGCCCAACCAGACUAUCCAGGAUUUCCGCCAGAUGCUCGACGACGCUCACCGUGGCCGCGUCCAGGCAAUCGUCGAUGAGGAGAAGAAGGAAGCCGCCGCCGCCGCCGCCGCCGCCGCCGCUGCUGCGCCGGCGGCGCUGGCGAGGAAGCAGCAACGCCGCGGCAGCCAGAGGACCCGACGCGCCAAGGACGACGACGACGGCGGCAGCCCACGGCCACGGCUGGUGAUCGUCUCCCGGAACGGGUCGCGCGCGAUCGAGAACGAGGCCGAGCUGGCGCGCGCCGCGGCGGGCGCCGGGUUCCGCGUCGCCGUGCUCCGGCCGCGCAGGGACACGGAGCUCGCCAGGCUGUACCGCGCCCUGAACGCGUCGGACGUCAUGGUGGGCGUGCACGGCGCGGCCAUGACGCACCUCCUGUUCAUGCGCCCCGGAUCCGUGUUCAUCCAGGUGGUGCCGCUCGGCACGGACUGGGCCGCCGAGGCGUACUACGGCGAGCCGGCGCGGCGGCUGGGGCUGCGCUACAUGCCCUACAGGAUCCUGCCGUCCGAGAGCUCGCUCUCCGGGCGGUACGCCGAGGGCGACCCCGUGCUGGCCGACCCGGACGCCGUGAACGCCAAGGGGUGGCAGGUCACCAAGCGGGUCUACCUGGACGGCCAGAACGUGCGGCUGGACAUGGCGCGGUUCCGCCGCCACCUGCGCCGGGCGCGUGACCACUGGGCGCGAGGCAGAGCCGACGCCGCGCGGAUCGGAACAGGGGCGGAACAGCGGUAGCGUUUGCGGAGGAUCUUGGUUUCAUUUUUGACAUGGGUGAAUGUUGUACUGUAAAAUAUGGCAUGUAGAGACACCAGGUGUACAUGGCAGUAGAUACGUUCAUUUCUUUCUUUUUUACAUUCGGGACAUAAACGGAGCUGUUGUGAUUGAUGUACAUAACAAGGUAACAAUAUCUAUCACGAGUUGGGAGAUAUUUGUGCCAAAAGAUGUCUAUUUUUUUCACUCUGCCAAAAGAUACACCAUUUAAUCGAAAGA